AGUGGUGGGAAGGAGCCUGCGGUCUUAGUGUUCCCCUUCCCUCCUGCCCUCUGCAGAGCCAUGAGCCACCAGAUCCUGCUGCUCCUGGCCGUGCUGACCCUGGGCCUGGCUACCUCCCAACACAGAGACAAAGUACCCUGUAAGAAGGUGGACAAGGAGGUCUUGUGCCAGGGUCUUGGCCUGCUCCAGGUCCCCUCAGUGCUUCCUCGGGACAUUGAGGUCCUAGACCUAUCUGGGAACCAGUUGCGGAGCAUCCUGGCCUCACCCCUGGGCUUCUACACGGUGCUUCGUCACCUGGACCUGAGUGCCAACGAGAUCAGCUUCCUCCAGCCGGGUGUCUUCCAGGUCCUGCCCCACCUGGAGCACCUCAACCUGGCCCACAACCGCCUGGCGGUGGGCACCACACUAAGCACUGCAGGUCUGGGUUCCCUGCCGCAUGUGACAUCCCUGGACCUGUCUGGAAACAGCUUGUACAGCGGCCUGGUGGAGCGACUGCUGGGGGAGGCACCCGCCCUGCGCACCCUCUCACUGGCGGAGAACAGCCUGACACGCCUGGCCCGCCACACCUUCCGGGGCACGCCUGCGCUCGAGCGGCUGGACCUUCACAGCAACGUGCUGAUGGACAUCGAGGACGGUGCCUUCGAGGCUCUGCCCCACCUGGUGCACCUCAAUCUCUCCAGGAACUCCCUCACCUGCAUCUCUGACUUCAGCCUCCAGCAGCUGCAGGUACUUGACCUGAGCUGCAACAGUAUCGAGGCCUUUCAGACGGCCCAGGAGCCCCAGGCUGAGUACCAGCUGGCCUGGCUCGACUUGCGGGAGAAUAAACUGCUCUACUUCCCUGAUCUGGCCGCACUCCCGAGACUCAUUUACCUGAAUGUGUCCAACAACCUCAUCCGGCUGCCUGUGGAGCCGCCCCCCAGCGGCGAGAGCAUCCAAGCUCCUUCCGAGGGCUGGUCGGCCUUGCCAUUCUCCAGCCCCAGCCGAAACGCCAGCACCCAGCCCCUCUCCCAGCUUCUGAAUCUGGAUUUGAGCCACAAUGAGAUUGAGCUUGUCCCUGAGGGCUUUCUUGAGCACCUGACCUCCCUGCGCUUCCUGAACCUCAGCCGAAACUGCUUGCGGGCCUUUGAGGCCCGGCACAUGGGCUCCCUGCCCUGCCUGGUGCUCCUGGACGUCAGCCACAAUGCGCUGGAGACACUGGAGCUGGGCACCAGGGCCCUGGGUUCUCUGCGGACACUUCUCCUACAGGACAACGCCCUGCGGGACCUGCCUGCAUAUACCUUCGCCAGCCUGGCCAGCCUACAGAGGCUCAACCUGCAGGGGAACCGGCUCAGCCCCUGUGGGGGGCCAGGUGAGCCUGGACCCUUGGGCUGUGUGGCCUUCUCUGGCCUCUCCUCCCUCCGCAUCCUGAACCUGGUGGACAAUGAGAUGGAGACACUCCGGGCAGGGGCCUUCCUCCACACGCCACUUACCGAGCUGGACCUCUCUGCCAACCCCGGGCUGGAUGUGGCCAUGGGGGCCUUGGCGGGCCUGGAGGGCUCCUUGGAGGUUCUGGCCCUGCAGGGCAAUGGGCUGGCAGUCCUGCAGGUGGACCUGCCCUGCUUCAGUUGCCUCAAGCGGCUCAAUCUGGCCGAGAACCGCCUGAGCCGCCUGCCUGCCUGGACGCAGGCCGUGUCCCUGGAGGUGCUGGACCUGAGGAACAACAGCUUUAGCCUCCUGCCAGGCAGUGCCAUGGGCGGCCUGGAGACCAGCCUCCGGCGCCUCUACCUGCAGGGCAAUCCACUCAGCUGCUGUGGCAACGGCUGGUUGGCAGCCCAGCUGCACCAGGGCCGUGUGGACGUGGAUGCCACCCAGGACCUGAUCUGCCGCUUUGGCUCCCAGGAGGAGGUGUCCCUGAGCCACGUGCGUCCUGAGGACUGUGAGAAAGGGGGGCUCAAGAAGGUCAGCCUCAUCAUCAUCCUCACCUUCGCAGUGGUGUCUGCCAUCCUCCUCACCACGCUGGCCACCUGCUGCUGUGUCCGCCGGCAGAAGUUCAGCCAACAGUACAAAGCCUAGAGAGGCUGGGGCUGCAGACCAGCUUAGCCGGGAGGCCCUUUUAGGUCAUGGGGGAGCCGGAGGCACAGAGAAGGGUGGGGACUGAUCCAAGGUCACACGUCUGAGCCAGGGUCUGAGAACCCUGGUCUCUAACUCCCAACCCAGGGUUUCUUUUCCUGCAUCCUGCUGUACCAGUAGGCAACCUGCUUCCCUGGCUGCACAUGUGGUCCAGCUGUGGAAGCCAGAAGUUGUGCAGUUUUAGGAGUGUAAGGUUGACCCACGGAUCCACAAAUCUUCACCAGGCAUCUGUUUUGUUCUGCCCCCUACCCUGGGCACUGGGGAUGCCAGGAAAUAAGACACAUCCCUGCCCUCAGCAUCUCUUGGUCUGGGUGGGGAGGUGGUCACCGAGUGUGCCGUGACCGCACAGAGUGUGGAAGCCUGGGCUCCAAAGCCCUGCAGCUAAAGCUGACUGAGUGUGGAUGGUCCUGCCCCAGCCCGGUCAGGGCAAGGGAGGGGCUAAACUGAGAGGAUUUGUCUGAGACAUUUCCAAGCAGACUAUUUGUCACAGCUUCUGAUAAUGACUUUCAGCUUCUCUGGAACAUAAAGAGCUCGUGACCGGAAGAGAACUGGAGCCACUGGAGUACGUCUUGCAUCCAGUGCUAUUAGACGGGCUGUGCUGGCUCCAGCAGGGCCUGGUGAAGAGCUGUCUCCCUGGGUGCCAGCCCAGUACUGAACCAUUCCCUUUCUUGCUCUGGACAGGCUCUUCCCCUAACUGGCUCUCCCAUGUUGCACACACUGGCCCAGAUACUGCCCUAGCCCCUCACUCCCUGCCCAGGCCCCCGAUUUCAUCCCAGCACCAUCGUGGCUGGUGAGCCAGGAGUUAGAACCUUAGGUAUCUGGUUCUGUUUUGCUCCAGGCUUGGCAGCAGUAACAAACCCAAGCCUGUGUCUGCCUCUUUAUGACAACCCUCUGAGAUUGGUAUUUAUUCCACUUUCAAAAGAGGCUCCAAAAGUCUCCCUCCAGGGACCACCCCCCUCAGCUAAGAAAUCCCAGAACUGAGGUUCAGACUCACACCCUCCUGAGUCCAGGGCGUGAGCUUGGCCACUGCAGGGACUGCAGGCUGUUGGGUGGGCAGGAAGUGAUCCUACACGGCCAGAACGGGGCCUGGGAACUUCCUGUGCUGUGCCUGCCCACCCGCUCCUCUCUCUCCGCUCUCCUAGGUGGGCUGAGGGAAGACGGGCAGCCGCAGACCUCUCCUCCUUCUCUGCCUCAGUUUCCUUUAUUCCCUCCUUUGUAGACUGGGUGGACUCUCCUUUUUCCCUUCUCUCUCUUGCAUUCCUUCCUUCCCUCUCCCUCCAUUGAGCACAGCCUGGAGUUUGAGACCAUUGAGUCCAACCUCCCAUUGCACAUAUAGAGAAAGUGAGACUUAAGGAGAGAAUGGGACUUGCUCAGAGCUGCACAAGUCAGCAUCGGAGCUUGGGAAAAAAGGUGGAUUCGGGCCUCAUGGUGAGAUGGGGGGGCAGGACAGGUGGAGGUGGGGAAUGGAGACUGGAACUGAGUGGUUCCCUUCUGUCUCAGCGUCAUAUCACAAGAUAAUGCUGGUUCCAAACUCUUUCCGGUCCUCAUCAUGUAGGGAUUUUUUUCUCCUAGAAAAAUGGGUAAAAAAUCCCAUCAAGAUAUAACGCCCUGUCUCUCAUAGCCAGAGAAUCAUGGGCUGUCCAGGAAGAAAGGAGCUGUGGGAUCAGCCUGGGACCCUGUGUGCUGUCUUCACCCUCUUACCUGUGCUUGGCUCACAGUCAGGCUCUCAAUGGUGCUCGGUAAAGUGUGAAAUGAUAAAAAUGCCCAUCUCCCCACCCCAUUUGUCAGAUGAGAAAACUGAGGCCCUGAGAGGGUCAAGGACUCAGGGAGUCAAUGGCACAGUCAGGGCUAGAACCUGGUGGCCUGGCCCCAGCCGGGGACCCUGGUGGCGUGUGGGGCAGCUGGGUGGGUCAGUCCUGUUUGGGAUCGUGACCACAGGUGCUCACUGUACACAAACACUCUUCCUCAGGCCUGGAGGGCAAGAUGUGGGUGCCUUCGUGCCUGAUCUUUGAAAACACUACACAAUGCUGCUCUCACCUCCCAGGAGCCAGGCCACAGCCCAGGCCUUGGGAUCAGCUCUUUAUAUAACCCACAUGAAUGUAUUAAAAAAUAAUUUUGGAGAAA